UUGACUCUGGUGCUCGCACCGCCGCUGCAGCACGAACGUGACUUCCCACAUUUUGUAUUUAUCUUUCCCUUUUCUGCUCCAAGAUGUAACUACGGAUCCGACACUGAGGACCUUCACGUUCCGCUGAUGUAGUUUUUGGAGGAAAGAGGGGGGGAAGUGCAGGGCGUCGGUUUUUUUUUUCUUUUUCUUUUUUGUGUGGUGUGUGUUUCGGGGGAAAUUUUCCAUGAUGAAUGUUUUACUAAAGUGAUUUUUGUUGUUGUUGUUUGCUUCGUUCGUCUUCGGCUCUCUCUCUCUCUCUUUCUUUUUUUUUUUCUUUUCCCCUGGCCGAUUUCGGAUUUAUUUCAAGGCGAAUCUGGCUUUUGGGGGAACGAGGAAGAAAAGUCGGAUUACAAGAUCAACCACCACCACCACCAACAACAAUAAAAACCACCAGGAUAUUUUUUUGUAAAUUUCUGACGGCUUUAAAUUCAUGAAGCAAUUGUCCCCUCCUACAAUCAGCGUUUGGAUCUCAGAAUGAGCAAGGAAAGACCCAAGAGGAAUAUCAUUCAGAAGAAAUACGAUGACAGUGAUGGGAUUCCAUGGUCAGAAGAAAGGGUGGUACGUAAAGUCCUUUAUUUGUCUCUGAAGGAGUUCAAGAAUGCCCAGAAGAGGCAGCACGGGGAAGGCAUUGCUGGGAGCCUAAAAACAGUGAAUGGGCUCCUUGGUAAUGACCAAUCUAAGGGAUUAGGACCAGCAUCAGAACAGUCAGAGAAUGAGAAGGACGAUGCAUCCCAAGUGUCCUCUACUAGCAACGAUGUUAGUUCUUCAGAUUUUGAAGAAGGGCCGUCGAGGAAAAGGCCCAGGCUGCAAGCACAAAGGAAGUUUGCUCAAUCUCAGCCGAAUAGUCCCAGCACAACUCCAGUGAAGAUAGUGGAGCCUUUGCUACCCCCGCCAGCUACUCAAAUUUCUGACCUCUCUAAAAGGAAGCCUAAGACAGAAGACUUUCUUACUUUUCUCUGCCUUCGAGGUUCUCCUGCGCUACCCAACAGUAUGGUAUAUUUCGGAAGCUCUCAGGAUGAGGAGGACAUCGAGGAGGAAGAUGAUGAGACAGAAGAUGUCAAAACAGCCACCAACAAUGCUUCAUCUUCAUGCCAGUCAACCCCCAGGAAAGGAAAAACCCUCAAACACGUUCACAACGGGCAUGUUUUCAAUGGUUCCAACAGGUCAACACGGGAGAAAGAACCUGUUCAAAAACAUAAAAGCAAAGAGGCCACUCCCGGGAAGGAGAAGCACAGCGAUCACAGGGCUGACGGCCGAAGGGAGCAGGCCUCAGCGGCCCAGCCUGCGGCAGCCCCCUCCUCCGGCUCCUCAGCCAAGGGGCUUGCUGCCAACCACCACCCCCCCCCUGUGCAUCGGUCGGCUCAGGAUUUACGGAAACAGGUUUCUAAGGUAAACGGAGUCACUCGAAUGUCAUCUCUGGGUGCAAGUGCAACCAGUGCCAAAAAGAUACGCGAAGUGCGACCUUCACCAUCCAAAACUGUGAAGUACACUGCCACGGUGACCAGGGGGACUGUCACAUACACCAAAGCCAAGAGGGAACUGGCCAAGGAAACCAAACCCAAUCACCACAAGCCCAGUUCAGCCGUCAACCACACAAUCUCAGGGAAAACCGAAAGUAGCAAUGCAAAAACCCGCAAACAGGUGCUAUCCCUCGGGGGGCCGUCCAAGUCCACCGGGCCUGCUGUCAACGGCCUGAAGGCCAGCGGCAGGUUGAACCCAAAGUCAUGCACUAAGGAGGUGGGGGGGCGGCAGCUGAGGGAGGGGCUGCGGAACUCCAAGCGGAGACUGGAAGAGGCACAGCAGGCGCCCGACAAGCCACAGUCGCCCCCCAAGAAGAUGAAGGGGGCGGCCGGCGCGGCCGAAGCCCCUGGCAAAAAGGCGGCGGCGGUGGCGGUGGCAGCGUCUGCCUCGGCAGAGAAGCCUCUGCUCAAUGGACACGUGAAGAAGGAAGUGCCCGAGCGCAAUCUGGAAAGGAACCGGCCGAAGCGGGCCACGGCCGCCAAGAGCACGCUGGGCAAACAAGCACAUGGCAAGACGGACAGCGCCUCCUGUGAAAAUCGUUCUACCUCGCAACCCGAGUCCUUGCACAAGCCGCACGACCCGCCUCCGGGCAAGCCGGAGAAGGGGGGCGGCAAGUCCGGGUGGGCGUCGAUGGACGAGAUCCCCGUCCUCAGGCCCUCCGCCAAGGAGUUCCACGACCCGCUCAUCUACAUCGAGUCGGUCCGGGCUCAGGUGGAGAAGUACGGGAUGUGCCGGGUGAUCCCGCCUCCGGACUGGCGGCCCGAGUGCAAGCUCAACGACGAGAUGCGGUUUGUCACGCAGAUCCAGCACAUCCACAAGCUGGGCCGGCGCUGGGGCCCCAACGUGCAGCGACUGGCCUGCAUCAAGAAGCACCUCAGAUCUCAGGGCAUCACCAUGGACGAGCUCCCGCUCAUAGGAGGCUGCGAGCUCGACCUGGCCUGCUUUUUCCGGCUGAUUAACGAGAUGGGCGGCAUGCAGCAAGUGACUGACCUCAAAAAAUGGAACAAACUAGCAGACAUGCUGCGCAUCCCCAAAACUGCCCAGGACCGGCUGGCCAAGCUGCAGGAGGCCUACUGCCAGUACCUGCUCUCCUACGACUCGCUGUCCCCCGAGGAGCACCGGCGGCUGGAGAAGGAGGUGCUCAUGGAGAAGGAGAUCCUGGAGAAGCGCAAGGGACCGCUGGAGGGCCACACGGAGAACGACCAGCACAAGUUCCAUCCUCUGCCCCGCUUCGAGCCCAAGAAUGGGCUCAUCCAUGGCGUGGCUCCCAGGAACGGCUUCCGCAGCAAGCUCAAGGAGGUGAGCCAGGCCCCGCUGAAGACGGGCCGGCGGCGACUGUUCGCUCAGGAAAAGGAAGUGGUCAAGGAGGAGGAGGAGGACAAAGGUGUCCUCAACGACUUCCACAAGUGCAUCUAUAAGGGAAGGUCUGUUUCUCUAACGACUUUUUAUCGAACAGCGAGAAAUAUCAUGAACAUGUGCUUCAGCAAGGAACCUGCGCCAGCUGAGAUCGAGCAAGAGUACUGGAGGCUAGUGGAAGAGAAGGACUGCCACGUGGCAGUACACUGCGGCAAGGUGGACACGAACACUCACGGCAGUGGGUUCCCGGUGGGCAAAUCAGAGCCCUUUUCAAGGCAUGGAUGGAACCUCACCGUCCUCCCCAAUAACACAGGGUCCAUCCUGCGUCACCUCGGUGCUGUGCCUGGAGUGACUAUCCCCUGGCUCAAUAUUGGCAUGGUCUUUUCUACCUCAUGCUGGUCUCGAGACCAAAAUCACCUUCCAUAUAUUGACUACUUACACACUGGUGCUGACUGCAUUUGGUAUUGCAUUCCUGCUGAGGAGGAGAACAAGCUGGAGGACGUGGUCCACACCCUGCUGCAGGCCAACGGUACCCCAGGGCUGCAGAUGCUGGAAAGCAAUGUCAUGAUCUCCCCGGAGGUGCUGUGCAAAGAGGGGAUCAAGGUGCACAGGACUGUGCAGCAGAGCGGCCAGUUCGUCGUCUGCUUCCCAGGGUCCUUCGUGUCCAAAGUGUGCUGUGGCUACAGCGUCUCAGAAACCGUGCACUUUGCUACCACCCAGUGGACAAGUAUGGGCUUCGAGACUGCCAAGGAGAUGAAGCGCCGCCAUAUCGCCAAGCCAUUCUCCAUGGAGAAGCUGCUGUACCAGAUUGCACAAGCAGAAGCGAAAAAGGAGAACGGCCCCACUCUCAGUACCAUCUCAGCCCUUCUGGAUGAGCUCAGGGAUACAGAGCUGAGGCAGCGCAGGCAGCUGUUCGAAGCCGGCCUUCACUCCUCCGCGCGCUACGGCAGCCAUGACAGCAGCAGCGCGGUGGCAGAUGGGAAGAAAAAGCCUCGAAAGUGGCUGCAAUUGGAGACGUCAGAGAGGAGGUGUCAGGUCUGCCAGCACUUGUGCUAUCUGUCCAUGGUGGUGCAGGAGAACGAGAACGUCGUGUUCUGCCUGGAGUGCGCUCUGCGCCACGUGGAGAAGCAGAAGACCUGCCGCGGGCUGAAGCUGAUGUACCGCUACGACGAGGAGCAAAUCAUCAGUCUGGUCAAUCAGAUCUGUGGCAAAGUGUCCAGUAAAAACGGCAGCAUUGAGAACUGUCUCAGUAAACCCACACCAAAAAGAGGCCCCCGCAAGAGAGCGACGGUGGCCGUGCCGCCGUCCCGGCUGUCAUCCUCUGGCUCAUCCAAAAGUGCUUCAAGCUCAUCAUGAAGAUGCCAACCCGUGGUUGAUUUAUAUAUAUUUUUUUGUAAUUAUUAUAUUCUAGUUUGGAGUACUUGCUGUAGGAUACAAGCUGUCUUUGCACUAGCUCUAAAGAAGAUUUUCUUCUGGUUUUAGAGAACUAAUUUUGUUUUAGCAUUAAACUGUUGAAGUUUUUUUUCUACUUAGAAUACCUAGAUACUGCAGUCGGAUUUUGGAAACUGCCGUAUACCCACUGUUUUAAAACCCUUGAGGGGCUGUAUUACUUUAUAUCGCCCCUGUGGCUGACGAAAGCCUUUUUUUUGUUGUUUUGAUUUUUGUUUUGUUUCGUUUUUUUUGUAACUGUUGGGGGGAAAAAGGCUUUUUAAACCCAUUUUUUGAAGAGGGUGAAGUUUGGAGAACAAAUUUUAACUUACCAGUCAUGUGAGCAGAUUUUUCUAGAUUGGAAAAGGGAUAGGAGACAUAUAUAUAUAUACACACACACACAUACACACAGGAAAAAAAAAAAAAACUUGAAAUGGCUUUACUUUUGGCUGUCUUUUCUUCUGUCAUGUGCAAGAGGAAUUUGUAACUCUGAAUCCGGAGAGCCCUGAUUUUGUUUUGUUGGGUGGUCCUGGCAGCUGAAGGCCGACUUUGGUUCUUAACCACAGGCAACAUGUGGAGGUUUGAGCAGCUAGGCUCUCGGUACCAGCACAUCACUAUGCAUCCGUUGGAGGGAGAGGACGAAGACAAAGACCGCCUGCCUUGGAGGGUCACUGAGGGAGACCUGUGCCUGAUUUCAUUAGGAAAUCCAUUCUGUUAUUUUUUGGUGCUGUUGGCUACUUUAUCAAAAAACCCUUCAAUAGCAUCCUUAAGGGGGGGAAAAAAAAAGAGAAAAAACACCCACGUGAUUGAAGCGCUGCGUGCUUCGUGGUCAUCAAUGUGCAAUCUUCCUGAACAUUCCAUCCUCAUCCCACUGCUUCUUGUCCUGCGCACCUUCACACGUCAGCAUUAAUCUUUCAUUUGAGAUUUGUUUUCCUCCAUGAUCACAUUUAGAGCCACUAGGUCUGCAGUUCUUUUUUGAAUGUGAAAAUGCAUUUGUGUUCCUCCUUGUCUAUUUUUUCUCUUCAUGUUUUAACAAAAAGGAAAAAAAGAAAAAAAAUCCCAUCCCUUUUGUACAUACACCUGUAAAUUGUUUUAAAUACUUGAGCCUUUUCUCGGUGGGGGGAGGGAAGGGGGGUGAAAAGACAAGAUGAAGAAAAGCCUUACAUUUCAGUUUCUUCAUCGGUUGGAUUGGAUGCUUACAGGGUUUUUCUUGUAACAUUUUAUAAGUGCUGCUUACAUCACUGAACAACAACAAAAAUAAUAAUGGAGUAGCUGUUGCCCUUCUCCGGUUGUGUGUACAGUAUGUGUGGAAUAAAAAGGGAAAGUGUUUUCACAAGCUGUUCUGUUUCAUAAUUGGACCACCAGUCCUGUAGCUCCCCACGCUGCACUGAGCGGCCGCUGGGGCCUGCCAGGAGUGUCCUAGGAUCCACUUUGUUGGUCGUUGUUGCAGAAGACUGAACUGUUUUGGAAUAUUUAACGAUGACAUAAACGGUCAAGUGUU